AAUGUUUUCAUAGAAUGUAUUAAUCGUUGAAAUGUUUGAUAUUUAAUAUAUAACUCAAAUCAAUGUAUUUUUCAAACAAUUUAAUUGAAUUUCAAAUCAUUUGAUUCAUGUAUUGAUGUAUUGAUGUCAUGGAUAGCCUAACAUUAGCACAGAUAUCAGUAAAUCAUUUGGAGAUCUAUGAAGAUCUUUACAGACAAGUGGAUCCCAAGUCCACAAACUAUAUCAAUGCCAUCGAAGCCGCAAAUUUCCUCAAGAAGUCCGGAUUAAGUCAAGCAACACUCGGAAAGAUUUGGGACUUAAGUGAUCCAAACUGUAAGGGAUAUCUCGAUAAGAAGUCAUUGUUUGUGGCGUUAAAGUUAAUAGCUUUAGUACAAAACGGCAGACAGCCAUCCAUUACGGAUCUGACUCUCAACAUAUUACCCCCUAAAAUGGGUGAUUCUAUUGAUUGGUCAGUAAACACUAAUGAUCGCCAAAAGUAUACCGAUUUGUUUAAUAGUCAUAAACCAAUUGAUGGCAAAUUGCCCGGUAGUGUUGUGAAACCUAUUAUGAUAGCUUCAAAACUACCGGUUGAUAUAUUAACAAAAAUUUGGGAUUUGAGUGACACUGAUGAAGAUGGUCUGCUCGAUAUUAGCGAAUUCAUUAUCGCAAUGCAUUUGGUAGCCAAAGCAACAGCAAAAAUACCGAUGCCUUCAGUACUGCCCAUAGAGUUAUUAAGUUUAAAACGACCAGAAAAUCGACCGGAAAUGUGGUCGGCUUUUGACAGCACAUCUCAAUUGCUUUCAAAUCGUGUCACUUCUCCAGUCAAUACAAACAAAUCGGGUUUAAACACAUGGGUUGUGAACGCAACAGACAAAGCAAAAUAUGAUGAAUUGUUUCAAACUUUGGAUACAGACUUAGAUGGAUAUGUAGGCGGAGGUGAUGUGAAGGGAACUCUAGUUCAAAGUGGUCUUCCAACUAAUAUUUUAGCACAUAUUUGGAAUUUGUGUGACCUCAAGGAGAACGGGAAGUUAAACUCAGAACAGUUUGCUUUAGCCAUGCAUUUCAUUAAACAAAAGCAAAUUGGUUUAGAGUUACCACAAGUCUUGAGUCCCGAAAUGAUUCCACCAACUCUUCGACCAAAGCCUAUAGGAAUUGAUAAUAUUAAUGCCUUAGACUCAAAAAGUCAAUCAUUAAACACUAAUGGAAAAUCAAAUAUACCUUCUCUUCAAUCAACCGGUAAUAAAGAAUUGGAUGAUUUGGCUGAAGAACUUAAAGAUCUGCAAAUUGAAAAACUAAAGCUCGAAACAGAGCUUAACUCAGACGAAGCGGCCAUUAAAUUGAAGGAAAGCGAAGUUAAGAAUCUUCAGAAUGAAAUCGAAACUUUGCAUCAAAUGCUUAAACAAUUGGAUUCACAGAAAUGUGAGGCAAGAAAACGUUUGGAUGAUUUGGGAUCACAGUCAAAACUUUUAGAAAAGAAUUUGCAUGAAUUAAAUAACAUAAAUAUGGAUGAAAAACUUAAGGUUGAAAAUUUAAGCCAACAAUUAAAUGAACAAAAAGUCAAAGUUGAGACACAAGAAAAAGAAUUAACUUUUAAACGUAAAGAACUCGAAGAUCUCAAAUCAGAAGAACUCAAAUUGGAGUCACAUUUAGAGUCAUUUCGAAAAGAGUCUCAAUUGGCGGCCAAAACUGCCGGCGAUACACAACUUGAGAUCAGCCAAAUUCGGACCAAAAUUGUUGAAUUAGAAGAAUAUGAAAGAAGAGUCAAUGAUUCCAUUAAUGACAUGGAUUCUGCUCUUUCAUCACAAGAUAUUAUUAAAAUAUCUAAUCUAUUGCCGCGUACUUUAACGCCUCCUCUUAUUGAAUCCGAAUCACAAAAUUACAAUCAAAACGGUUUCAAUGCAUUUCAAAAUGAAUCUGAUAUUAAAGGAAAUAUCUCUGAGUUUUCAAAUGAUCCGUUUGCUGGUGAGGAUCCAUUUAAAGCAGAAGAUCCAUUCAAAAGUGAUAAUCGAAGUGACGAUCCUUUUACUUCAAGUGGUUUUGCAAAUUUUGGACCACAGGAGGCGUCCAAAGAGGUAUUUGAUCCAUUUGGAACAGGAUCUUUUACUGGAACGCCUAAUAAAUCUGAUCCAUUUGGUUCCGAUCCAUUUGCAUCGCAAGUAAAUACAAAUGUAAGAUCUGAAAGUCCAACACCAGAACUUCCACCUAAAAAGAGCAAAGCGCCGCCUCCACGACCGGCACCGCCUAAGAAUAUCAGUAAAACGCCAUUACGUUCAGCACCGGCACCUCCGGGUCAAAGCUCUGAUAGCACUAUUAAAAGUGAUCCCUUUAGCUCAAGUCAACAAUAUUUUGAUCCUUUCAACGAUAAUAACAACAAACAAACUGAUGCUUUUGGGUCGUCAACUAAUUUUGCAAAUUUUGCCAAUUUUGAUAAGCAUUUUUAGGAAUUCAAUAAUUAUUGAAAAUAUUGUUUUUGAGUUAACGACAAGUUAUGGUGAGAUUUGUUUCAUCGCUAACGUUAGUGAUAUCGAUAUUUAUUUUAUUAUUAAACAAAUGGAUAAUACUAUUAAACCGAAUCCAAACUUUAUUUAUAUAAUUAUAGAUA